CAAAGCAGUUUUUUCUGCCAUUUUGCGCGUGCGCCGAGGUACUUUGAUUUGGGAUGGUUUCUCCUAGCAAUGUUAUUACAACGGAUUUAUAUUACAUUGUCAUGUUUUGUUACAUACACUAACUCAUUAUAGUAUUACUUAUUCAUAUUUAAAACUAAUUUUUGUAUUUUCCUCUGAAUGUUAUGGCCAUUUUCCCCCGAUGUUUAUGAAAUAGGACUACUGAAUUAUUUUCCGACUAACAUUCCUGUAGAAACCCUGCCCAAGUUCGUAGGCUAAAAUGUUCGAGUCAAAACAUUGCAAACUAUGGCGGGAGCAAAAUGUGCACAGCUAUAUUGCCUUUUCUACAUACAUGACUGAAAAAAGUAUGUAGCUCAACAUUAAAUACCUGGAUAACUGCGUAAUUUUUAAUUUUGAUGUUUUGAUGUGGUAAUGUAUGAUAUGAAGUAAAAUAACUUAGCAUUUUUUGGUAUUGUGUUGUUAAUUUUGUUAAAACUAUUAUACAAAUGGCCAAGCAAUCUUCCAGUAUUUUACUGGUAAGAAUAAAAAACUGUUUAAGUGAAUUAAGUUGUCCGUACUUGGAAGAUAACAGUGACCAAUGGCUUGCAGAAUUGUUGUUACAUCCAAGUGAAGCCAGAAUGAAGCUGCUUUCGUGGAUAAUUACUAGUUAUGAUUCGAAAUUUGAAGAAAUUUUAGAUGAGUCAGUGCCAGUUAUCAGUAACCGAAUUGAUUCAAGACACCAAAAAUUAUUAUUCUCAUUAAAUAUUAUGGGUGUGUGUAAGAUUGAUGAUUUGGAACUUGUCCGAGGGACAGCAACACAAAAAAAACAACUCCAUUUUUGGAAUAACCUAGUUGAUAUGCUCUACACCUCACAAUUUGGAUAUGCUUAUUCUCCUGAGCAGUCUUUGCAAGACACCAGCUAUUUUUUAAAACCAGCUCGUGCACCCACACUUGAUGAAGUGUUCCGUAAUUCCUGCAAUUUUGUUGAUACGUUAGUAAGGGAGCAGAAGACUCAGGAUUUGUUCUCUACUGAAGUCAAUUUGUUUUCUCCCGAUGUAGAAAGUCAAAUCAAAAAUGAAAUUACAAAUCAAUCAAUUCCUUCGCUAGAUAUGCUAAUUUCCACAGCUGAGAAAAUGCAAGAAGAUUUAAAAACUGCGGAGGAAGAAUUAUUGAAAUUAAAAACCAAGUUUGCAAUAAUUGCACCAGAACAGACUACUGUUGAAAAUUAUUGCCGAAAGAUUGAUUUAUCAAUGAAAACAUUUUCACAGAUAAUUGACAGCUUUUUGCACUGUCAUGAGAACGAAAUUGAGACCUGGUGUCAUAAACAAAAACCUCAUCUGUCAGAAUUUGGACCAACUGUUAAAUCUGUGCAUACUAUUAUGCAAAAUUAUCAAAAAUUAAACACUAGCUUGUCUUCAUUAAAUAUGUCCACUGAUUUCUUGAUGAAUGAUUUAAAGAAAGAGUUAAUAAUUUGCAAAGAUAAUGUGAAAAACAAAGAUAUAAUAGAAAAACUUCGAAAUACCUCAAAUAUUUUGCAAAGAUCUAUUGUAAGGAAGAGAGCUCAAAAUUGUUAAUUGUGAUUGUAUUAUUGUUUUCAAUCUACUGUAAUUAAUUGUUAUAUAUAUUUAA